AUGCCUCAAAAAUCGUUACUUGUGUGUGCCCUUUACGAUUACAAUCGUCAGCACACAGAUGAGCUUUCAUUCAAAAAAGGUGAUGUGAUAACAGUGAAACAGCAGUUAGAAGGUGGCUGGUGGGAAGGCAGUUUAAAUGGAGUUGUUGGAUGGUUUCCAAGCAAUUAUGUCACUUGUACUACUAUUACUACAGACGAAAAAGAUGACCAAGUAAUGGUUGAUGAUGGUUUGUUAAUUCAUCUACAGAACUUUCAGAAUGAAAUUAUACAACAUAUACUUGAAGGUGAAUUAAGACAAAUCAAUGAGCUAUCUCAACUAUUAUCAAUUUUUAUGGUUCCUUUAGAGCCUCUACUCCAUUUAUCCUUUUUAAACAAACUUAUCCAUUUAAAAGAUUUAUUACAACAGGCAAUUAGGAUACAUCAACAUUUAGCUUCAGCGUUGAAUGAAAUGAAAUGCUUACAUGAACCGAAGUGUAUUGGUCGAUUGUUUCUGGAAUUUGCUCCAGCAAUCAACGCUGUUGGUUGUGAUUAUUCAAAAAUAUAUUUACAUAUAAUAACAGGAUUAGAAGAGCAUAACUCAGAAGUUACACAACAUAUGGCGUCAUUCAACAUUAACUUUCAAUCACACCAUUGUAAACAACAACUCACUUUAGUGUUUGAACGCUUGGGUCGUUAUCCUUUGCUAUUAAAGGAGAUGGAGCGAUACUUAGAGGAACCACACAUUGAUCGAGGCGAUAUUCUCCGUGCAAUGCAUGUUUAUGGUGAAAUAGCUGAAAGAUGUGCAAUUCUUAGAAAAUUCAAGGAAUACGACAUCAAUGUCCUGUUGUCGACAAUUAAUGGAUGGCAAGGACAGCCUAUCCAACAACUUGGUGAUCCAAUCCUCACUCUACGCGUACUACUAGUCAGUGUACACAUAGAUCAAUCACAAGCGUUACCAGAUUUUAUUAGUACAGAAUCUUUGCUAAGAAAGACACAAUUAUCCUUGCUGGUUGUAUUUCCUGCAUGCGUCCUCCUGUUGGCGAAAACAAAUCAACCCAAUGUCUACGAUUAUACUACUAAGAUCCCACUGAAUUGUCUAACUGUGGUCAGUUCAACUGAAAGUGAAACAGAUUUGGAUCUUCUAGUUUCAGAUCCAAAUUCCACUAGUAUGGAUUUUACACCACCUUGUCAAAUAUCACUAGCUUGUACAGAUCAGAAUGCCAGAGAUCUUAUGGUUUCUACACUGACUGAUUUAAUACAAUAUCAAAUUCAAAAUGAACAACAACAACAACAGCAGACAAUGUAUACAGAACAUAUUUGUACAGAAAAUACAGAAAAUAUCCCUGUGGAUUCUUGUAAUCUAUCUGAUCAAAAUAAUUCAUCUGUGUUAUUAUCAUCAAGAAAUGAGCAGCUACAGAAUGUAAAGUAUGCAGAAGACGAAAACCUUCAGCUACAUCAUCAAUAUCAUCAUCAUCACAGUCAUCAUCCGUGUCAGCAGUCGACAACAGGAAAAGAAUAUUUAACUUCUAAGCUGUCCAAUCUUACUGUUGACAAUAAAUCGAUAAAUUCCAGCAAAACUUCUCCAGCCAAUAUUUAUCACGACGAUGUCAGUGUGGCCAACAGUUCUUCCAUUAUCACCCCCACGACAACAACAACUACUACUAAUAGCAGUAUUAGUAGUAAUAAUAAUAAGAAUGAAAAAUGUCGUGUUUCUUCAUUAAAACGAAGUAAAACAGCCAGACCAUUGACUGAACCGUCUAGUAUAACCAUUGAACACCAAUUGAAUAUCAAUAAUUCCCAGCUACAAAAACACAAACAACAACAACAUCAACAAUCAUCGCUUAAUUUAUCUAAUCAGUUAACCAAUGAUUCUUAUCAUACGAAACCGGCUGUAUCGACUGUUGACGUUUUUUAUUCAAAUACUGACAAGCUGACAACAUCUUCAAGUCUACGCUUUCUACCGCAUAAAAUCACUACCGAUGCACAUGUUCGUUGGUUUGAAGAAGAUAAACCAGCUGUAGAUGUACAACAGAAAUAUCCAUACACUGCUCACAAUAAAAAUAAUGAAGAGAGUAUAUCUGUAUCAAUCCCAUUGUCAGAUGGUACCGUAAUCCAUGCAAUCCGUUGUCUUCGCAUUGAUGGACCAUUGGAUAUAUUUAAUCCCACCGAUAGAACUGGUUCUGUAAAUGGUUUGAAUAAUUUAGGCGUGCCAAGUAAUUCUUCUACCGGGACCGGUGGAUUCUCUGGUAAUAUAACAAAUCUUAACACCACCAGUGGUACCGAUCAGACAGUGUCUGCCGGUGUUAGACCUCAAAGUCCUAAGAUGAUUGAGUCUGGAAAAGAAUCACGUCGUAAACGCGGUGGGACUUGUCAACUUUUAUGUAAUCAUCGACAGAAAAGUGCAAUCACUGUGGAGGAUGUAUUACGUUCUGUGGGAAAAAUCCAUGAAAAUGAACUGCGUACAGCUGAUGAUACAAAGAUUUUACAAGUUAUUGAAGCUUAUUGUGCUAGUUCAUGGACUCAGCAUAGUUGUCGAACGUUGGAUCCCAGCAGGACAGAUACACGUGUCAACCAGUCUAUUUUAUCACCAGUGGAAACAAAAACUUUGCUACAACAUUUUCGACAUCCAAAGAAAUCAUCCGCAUCUUUAUCAUCAAGUGUACAUUAUUCAAAGCAUGAAUUAAUUCCAGGAGGAGGUGGAACACACAACAACAACAACAACUGUACUACUACUAAUUCUGCUUCAAUGAUUAAACUAUCACGACAAAGUUUACCUCAAUCAAUUCUUAUGCAUAAAUCAUCAUUAAAACGUUCUGAAUCAAAGAAUAAAUCACAAACAUGUCUAACAAAAGAUUCUACGGGUGAUACCGGCGGUAGCAGUGUUGUUGUUAGCACUUCAGACAAUUUGAUGAAGAAUAAACCCUCGAGUAAUUAUAAACACCUAACACAAAGUGAAUCAAUCAUUCAGACGCUUUCACCACCUCCAGUUGUACUGCCAACACGAAGUGGUCGACGUUAA